UAUUCUUUAUUUGGGUGAUACUUGCAUCCAAAGCAUUUUACUUUUGUUCUCAUGUAUAGAGCUGGGUUUUUUACUAGAAUAAUGAGGGUGAGGUCUUCACUCAUGUUAUGGAUAACACCAGUUAACACCAGUGUUUUAGCUUGGAUUUGAUCCCACAACCUUCCAGGUGUCAAGUCUGAAAGCCUGACCACUGCUCCACAUGUCCUUCUUGCCUGUCUGGAAGAGGGUCUCUUCACUGACUGCUGCCUCUCAAGAGGGGCAGGGAGGGGUCUGUGCUCUGUAUGGCUCCUGUUCUGUGCUUCCUGAUAGAUGGGGUAGGUGGUGUUGCUAGUGCUUCAGCUGGAUCUAGCACACAUGUUCUAUGCUAGGAGGACAAUUCUGGAGCACGUCUGUCACCGGCACAGAGCCGGGUCUCUCCUGGCCUUCUACCACAAUGGGGAACAGGUGUCACUCCCACAGGACCUCAGAGCUUGCUUCAUACUGCGUGGCUCUUCAGCAAAGCAGUACAGACACGAAGUGCAGUUCGAAGAGGCGGAAUCACACAGUUGGACUGGGAGGAAGGCUUUGCUGUACACAAGGCGCACAGAGCACUGCAUGUCAGUGUGUGGGUGGAGAGGGUACUGAGGGAGUGGGACUCAGCAGAGGGCUAUGUAGAGAGAAAGGGGAUUGCACGGGGCAGGUUAUCAACAUUUAAUCCGGAUUAGAAGGCACUCAACCACACACCCGCCUCCGCCUGCUGUAAAUCCCAGUUGGAGAGGCACGGAGGUCGCACGUAGAAGCAUUUCUAUUGGAUGGGGGGGAGGCGGGACAGAGUGGAAGACAGGGAGAGUAUAUAGUGAGCGGAGGAGGAUUGUGGUGCUGUCUGAUUCCCAUCGCCUGUGAGGAGUUUUUUUUCUUUCUCGCGGAUGGGCUGUGGGCUGCCGAGCAGAGCGAGAUGCGCAGCCGGUGUGUGAAAUCGGGACAGCGCAGCGUGCUGCUGUCUGUAUGACACGCAGCCUCGCUCCCUCCUCAGCUAUUUCAAGCGUCGCAUUGCCAGAGACCGGCAGCGCGGGCGGUCAGUUCUUGCCACGGUGCAUAGGCAGUUGCAGCGACCCUGGAAAGGUGUAUUGCAUUGGGCACUUCGUAGUAACAGGAAUCCCCGCAGUGCCUAGAGCUGCAGCAGAGCACAGGUUACACAAGCAAAGCUACUGUUACGGCUUCGUUUUCGCAAAAAAGGGAAGAGAGAAACAAGAUUGCGGUGGCGGAAGUUCAGUAUAAGUUCGUUCAUUUUAUUACGAUUCAUCCAUUUCCUAAUUAAUGUUUUUUUUUUUAUCUGGGUUUUUUUUUAUCGAAUUUGGACGUCCAGAGCCGUUCCGCUGCAGAGCUUAGCGCGUGCCUGACGGGCUGUAGCUCUCGGACACGCUCACCUGCAGCACGCGGCCGCGCAUCUGGACUGCAGUGAACAUCUGGGGGCUCCGCCGAACAACAACAGCAAAGUGUACGCGGGCAGGCUUUCCCAAAACCUGGCACCCCCUCGGCACCCCGCAGCGCAGUCAGAGGGAGAGAGAGAAAUCGGGGGAGCCGCGUGCACUGGUGUGGUCUUGAUGGUUUUGCACAGAUGUGUGGAUGCAUACCUCUGUGAGAUACCUUAAACGUGAGAUCCUGAUCCUGGAAUGCUCUGGCUUUGCCCAGGUGUUGGCGGUCGGGAGUGCCGAGAUAAGCAAUGGCGGAGCCAGCAGGAGACGAGCCAGGCCUGGGGGCUCCACGCGGGUCCAGCCAGCCCCCCCACUGCCCCCCUGUGCCGGAGCCCCCAGGUGUCGUGAUCCAGCUCACAGCAGCGUGCACGGAGGAGGAGUGGGGUGGCCAAGGGGACAGUGAGCUGAUCUUCACCCUGGACCGAGAUGAAGAGGGCCCAGCAGUGGCUUUCUCAAGGGACCUGACCCGCCCCGACGCGGGGCAGCCGGCAGAAGACUUCCUGGGCUCAGCAGCUUUCUCCGUGUCCUGUUCCCCAUCCUCCCCCGGCUCCUGCGGCGAGUUCUCCAUUUUGGCCCCCAGCUUCUUCUCCCAGCAGUCCUCCCCGAGGCCUUUCAUGAGCCUGGUCAAGUCCCUGUCCACCGAGAUCGAGCCCAAGGAGACCGCGUCCCUGAAGCCCCGGCCGCUGCUCAGCCUGGUCAAGUCCAUCUCCACGGAGAUCUCCCGCAGCGAGCCCGAGGUCACCCAGUCCAAGUCCGACUCCAGGCUCAACCUGCACCUCUGGCGCCAGCUCACCCAGCCCCGCGGGCGCAAUGGCGACUCCAAAACCGCUCCACCCUCCCCCGGCAGCGCCUCGCCCUCCGAGGGCAAAGCGGCGUUCUUCAAGGUGCCCGAGGUGGAGGCCCGGCUGGAGGACACCAAGCGCAAGUUCUCGGAGGCCAUCCAGGACCCCCUCAGCAUGCUGAGCAAGAUCAUGGGGGACGAGAACUCCGGCAGCCCCAAGCAGAAAUCGGGGCUCACCGAUUCUCCGGGGUCCUCCGGAGGUGGCUGCUGGGGAGGUCAGGCGAACGGGGAGUGGGGGGUGGGCGGGGAUGCGGGGACAGCCGGCAGGAACCCCCGGAAAGGAGAGUGCGACAGGCUGUGUGUCUGCAGCACCCCCGUGAGGAACCCCCAGAGGAGUCAGCAGAAGCUGUGCGCAUCCCCCGAGCCGCAGUGCAAAGUGAGCAGCCAGGGCAGCAGGUACGAGAUUUGUACCUUCAGAGACAUCAUGCAGGUGGUGGAGAUCGAGCCCGCCGCUGGCACCCCUGGGACACUUGAUGCAGAGCUGGCCCAGGGACUUCCUGGGGAGCAGGUCUCUCUGCAGCCCUGUCCGCCAGUUCCAGGCAAGUGUCUGUUCUCUGUGGCUGCGCUGGCCUACAGCUACUUCGUCCUGCCUCUGCCUCCUUACCUGUCCGGCCUGGCUCUGGGCCUGGCCUGCGGAUUCAUGCUGGGCUUGCUGCUCAUCCUUCUCCUGGCGCCCAGGACACCCCUGCCAUCCUCCAGGAUCAUUCCCCCGGCAGCCGACAGCCGGCCGUCUGCGAGCCUCGCCAGGGAGGGCAGUGACCCCGAGGUCAUGAAGGGCUGGAUGAAUGAAAUGUACGUCUAUGACCCAGAGACAUACCACCCCUCACUGACCCACUCGGUGUUCGUCACACUGGAGGGGAGCACACUCCGACUGGCCUACCCCAGGAGCAACAUCCCACGCCGCGCAACCUUUGAUGAGCCCCCACACGACGUCAUCUUUGUCAGCGCCCGCUGCUUUCGGCUGGCACACAGUCAGGUGUUCCUUGUGCCAACGGCUCUGGCCCGCAAGAGAAUGUGGAACAAAAAGUAUCCCAUCUGCAUUGUGCUGGGACGGGCAGAAGAGGGCACUGAAGACAGCCAGCCUGAGGGGCUGUCCGAAGAGCAGAGGGUGGACACGCUGACCGCCGGUGUCAGGAGAGGCGAGGGGGCCACCAGCACCCUGGAGCACCCUGCUGCACCGCCCGGCCCCACCACCACACUCUACCUCUUUGGCAGGACGGGGCGAGAGAAGGAGGUGUGGUUCCAGAACUUCCUGUCUGCUUCCAAGAGGUUCACCGAAGACCAGGACACUCCUACCAAGUGUGGUUCCAAGUUUGCCAUGCGAGCCUCCAGCCCCUCUAGCCGGGUGCUGUGCAGUGGAGGCUCCAGCAGGGGGAGCACUGAAGACAUCUCUUCUCUGUUCCGGCUGAGGGACCUGGCAGGCAGCGUGCGUGAGAAGAUCCUGCUGGACUACAGCACCUACAUGGCGCGCUUCAUCAUGCCAGAGAGCACCAGCGCCCUGCCCAGCCCCUGCAACAGUGCUGCCAGCAGCCCCACUGCCAGGAGGAAGCUCCUCUGUGAACCACAUGGGGGCAGCACAGAGGGUCAGUCAGCUUGGAUCAAUGCCCUGAUUGGUCGCAUCUUUUGGGACUUCCUGCGAGAGAAAUACUGGGCAGACCAAGUGGCGUACAGGAUCCAGAAGAAGUUGAGUAAGAUCCGGUUGCCUUACUUCAUGAACGAGCUGACUCUCACAGAGCUGGACAUGGGGAGCUCUAUGCCUCAGGUGAUCAGCACUUCCAAGCCCUCGGUCAACUACAGAGGGCUGUGGCUGGAGCUGGAAAUCAUGUACACAGGCUGUCUACAGAUGACCCUGGAGACCAAGAUGAACCUGUGCAAACUGGGCAAGGAGAUAGGGGGCGAGCUGGACAGUGUUCUGGAGCCCAGCAGAGAGGGGUCCAGACCCAGGUUGUGUGUUUUAGCUGACAGUGAUGAGGAGUCUUCCAGCGCAGGCUCAUCUGAUGAAGAGGAAGUCCUGCCUUCUGAACCACAGGGCAUUCUGGGAGAGAGGGCCACUCCCCCUGGUGCUGAGGGCCACGUUGCCGGCGGUAGCACCAGCAGGAAAAUCCUGCGUUUUGUGGAUAAAAUUGCCAAGUCGAAAUACUUCCAGAAGGCCACAGAGAAUGAGUACAUCAAGAAGAAGAUCGAGGAGGUGUCCAACACGCCCCUGCUGCUCACUGUGGAGGUCCAGGAGCUCUCUGGGCUCCUCGCUGUCAAUAUACCUCCGCCUCCUACUGACCGAAUAUGGUACAGUUUUUGUGUUCCCCCACGACUGGACCUAAGGGUGAGGCCCAAGCUGGGCGAGAGGGAGGUGACCUUCACUCACGUCACCGAGUGGAUCGAGAGGAAACUGCAGCACGAGUUCCAGAAAGUUCUCGUGAUGCCAAACAUGGACGACCUCUACCUUCCCCUUAUGCACUCUGGCCUUGCCUACCCUCCUGGUUCUCAGCCAGCCCAGCCAGAGGAGAUGACAAGAGCAGAAAUUGCCAACGCUGAAGAAUAGUGCCCCCUUCUGGAGCAUUGCACACACACCAGGAUCCGCAGAGGCCAGUUUAGGGAAAGGAGGUCUAAGUUCCCAAAUGAAAGUGUUCCUGAUGUGAACUAGGAGCCCCUUUCCCUCUAACCUCUAACAGCCCUGAUAUGGUGUCUGAGUGUGUGUGAGAAAUUUGGUUUGCAGGUGAAACAUAAUACCAUUGUAUAUGGAAUCUGCUGCUUAGACAUCUUGUAGGGAACAUGGGUAAGCACAUGGAUAUGCCUCUCUUGUGGAGAAUAAGCCGGAUGAGUUUCCAGGAUCAAGAAUUUACCUGAACCAAUUUUUUAAAAAUGGGCCCUCAUUUCUUCCUGCAACCUUUACACUCUCUUGUUUGUCAGCUGCUCAACAAGGUCAACAGUGAUGAGACAGUUACUCUGGCCCAGGUAACAGAUGAUGUACAUGCACUUUUCCCUUUAGUGAAAUACACAGACCUGCGCAGCUACUGAAACCUAGAGAGCACUGCUGUAAGGGCAGAGGGCUCAACGUCCUGGAAAUAGCUUCGACAAGCUCUCCUCCAAAAUCGGCAAAAGAUCACCUUCACAGGUGACACAGUCCUGUAUGAGUGCAAUAAGGAUAUUGGGCUGCAUGGUUAUUUUUGCAUCUACUGUAUGAUACUCAUGCAUUUUAACAGAAAAGUGUGAAAUGUUCCCCUUAUCAAGAGCAUGGAAAGCAAGUGACAACUGGAGAUGGAGAUGGAUUGUAGAGAUGGAUCUGUUGCACUAAAACUGUCCAGGGAAAAUCUUGUAAGUAUCAAUAGACUCCUUUUAUGUCUUGGUAACUUCAAAGGCUUUAAUUUCUCUUACUUUCUCCUGCAUUGAACCAAUACUACAGGAACUGAAAAUCACAGGCAAAGCAUUGCAUCUUGGGAUGCCAGGCAAUGUAUUUUUGUUCACUGGUUAUGUUGUAAAGUUCUUGCUUUGCAUUUACAGCAUCUUUUCAAUGAAUUUGCCAGAUAUAAAGGAGGAGCACAUUGAACUUCUGUACUGGCAGUUGUGCUCAUCUGCUGUGGGAGAGAGGGUGUUUCUUUCAUCCCUGCUCUUUUGUAAUCUCUCAUGCUCCUGGAACAGCCAGCUCAGUCAUAGCUCAAGGCCAACCACAUUUGUUUUUUUAGGUACCUGAACAAUCAUGACUCUGAUUGUAUUUUGUGUUUUACUAUUAAAGAAUAAAGGAGACACUGAUUGCA